UGGACUAGAUUAAACAGAAAAGCUUUUGUUGUUGGUUAAAAGGGUAGUGUAUCUUAAAUGUUGAUCAAUAGUCAGCGUGUGGAAGUGUUACAGUAGUGUUUUAAUACUCGUGUACUUUCUGUUUUCUUCUGUUAAUUUGCUUUAUUGAAAAACUUUUAAAUAGCGGAUUCGAGGACCCAAUUUUCUCUGAGUGAGAAGGCUUAAAUACCAAUGACCAGAACAAUGUAGUAACUAUGUCUCCUACCAUAAUGACAUUGGUACCCUAGGGAAACCACCUUCUCCUUAGCUGUCAUCUCAGUGCAAGACAACAGGUUGUGUAACUUUAGUGCUCAGAAGUGCAGUGACUCUGGUUUACAUAUAUAACUGAGUGGAGGUGACUCCACGCUUCAUGGAAAACGGCAAAACGUUUCAAGCAGUGAAGAGACCGAGAUUAGACGUGCCAGCCACUAUGGCUAGUAUACGUGGACCAAUUCCGAAUGGGCCAAUGCACCCGCGGCCUCUUAUUGCCCUAUUGGACGGGAGAGAUUGCUCUGUAGAGAUGCCAAUCUUAAAGGACGUGGCGACAGUGGCAUUCUGCGACGCUCAGUCAACCUCGGAAAUACAUGAAAAGGUGUUAAAUGAGGCUGUUGGGGCCUUGAUGUGGCACUCUAUAACUUUAACCAAAGAAGAUUUAGAAAAAUUCAAAAGUUUGCGUGUUAUAGUACGGAUAGGGAGUGGCUAUGAUAAUGUAGACGUAAAAGCUGCAGGCGAAUUUGGAAUAGCAGUGUGCAAUGUGCCAGGAUAUGGCGUAGAGGAAGUGGCUGAUUCAACAAUUUGUUUGAUAUUGAACUUAUAUAGAAGAACGUACUGGCUAGCUAACAUGGUACGAGAAGGAAAGAAAGUUAGCGGCCCUGAAGGAUUACGCGAGGCGGCAUCCGGUUCAGCAAGAAUUCGCGGCGAUACACUGGGAAUAGUUGGUCUGGGUCGUGUUGGAUCGGCCGUGGCCCUGAGAGCUAAAGUGUUUGGGUUUAAUGUCAUAUUUUAUGAUCCAUAUUUACCAGAUGGAGUUGAAAAAUCAUUAGGUAUCACACGGGUAUACACACUGCAAGAUCUUCUGUUUCAAAGCGACUGUGUCUCACUACAUUGCAACCUUAACGAGCAUAACCACCAUCUCAUCAAUGACUAUACCAUUAAACAAAUGAGACCUGGUAAGUCGCCACGAGCGUUUCUUGUGAACACAGCACGUGGAGGUCUUGUAGAUGAACAUGCCCUAGCCUCAGCAUUAAAGGAUGGCAGAGUACGGGCAGCAGCCCUUGAUGUACACGAGAAUGAACCAUUUGUUAUAUCACAAAGUCCUUUAAAGGACAGUCCUAACUUGAUCUGCACACCUCAUUCCUCAUUCUACAGUGAGCAAAGUUUGACCGAAUUACGAGAAAUGGCUGCUGGAGAGAUACGACGGGCCGUUGUUGGUCGUAUUCCAGACAGUUUACGAAACUGUGUCAAUAAAGAAUAUUUUACCACCAAUAAAUCAGCUGCUAGCAGUAUGCGAUAUGCCUUUCCGGGAUACCCAGAGAGUAUGAAUGGUGGAGGUGGCUACCCAUUCCCGAAUCCUGCCGCUGCUGCAGCAGCAGCCAGCCUCGGAGUUCACUCAACAACAAUGGAUGCACACCCACCCGUCUCACACAGUACUCCUCAUUCAACGCCUCAUUCUACGCUCCCAGAAUCGGGGAACCACCUGUCAAAGCCAGAAAGUUCAGAUGUUCAUUAAUACAGUAUGCCAUUUUCUCUCCCCUUAGACAUCUUCAUAGUGAAAAUAUCAUUCACACAAAAGCAUAGUUUUUUUUCAUCCUCAUUUUUGUAACAGGAUUUUUUUUAAAUUUUUUUUUUGCAAAGUAUAGACAAAUUGUUUGGGUCAAAGUUUUAUUAGAUAUAAACUUUGUGUACCAGAUUAUGUGACUAUUGUUUUGAGAGACGAGAUGCCAUGUGAAAUUUAGUGCAGAGCAGUUGGUGAUGCGAAGGAUAUAUUCAGCUGAAAACAAUGGCGGGAAGUUGCGGGGGGACCUCGCCAUUUUGUCUUGUACUUAAAUAAACACUUGUGAAAGUAUUCCGUGGACAUUUGUGUAUGUGUAAAUCAUUGAAGUUAGUUAUUAGUUGGCCAUUUAUAAUCAAACUUUCUGUACGUCCUUACUUGAUAUGAUGAGAAGAUUUAUAUGGGGACAACAUUAAUUACUACAGAAAGUAGACAAUUAAUUGAGCUAAAUACAGUACCAAAAGUAAAUUUGUUUUAUGAGAGAUUAAUUUCUACAUAGUUUGCACCACAGUUUUAUAAGAAGACAUUUGCCGAUAAGUUCCGUAGACCAUGACAGAAGAUGUUCGACAGUUACGUUCUUUAAGCAGCUGAUGGCAUGAAUGUAUUGCAACAACUUUUUUCUUGCUGAUAUAAAAAAAAUUAAGAUUUUAAAAAAUGCGUCAAAAUAUUUACUCUCAAAUUGAAUGUGUCAAUUUUUGAUGUUUUUGUUACAUGCCCCAGAUAUUCUUAGAUUUUCUGAGAAGGGACGCAGAUCUUCAAUAAUUUCCGAUUUUAACUUAAUACAUGUAGGGCGGGCUCGUAUAUCUAUUUACAAUGAAUGAAUGUGAAAUUUAUCGUAACACAAACAAAAAUUCAUUCAAGGGCCUACCUCGAAAAGACUUUUGUAUUACAUAUUUUAUCAACAAAUGAAGCUGCUGUUAUUAUUAUAUCACAGGCUUGGUCUGUUAAAUUUUUAUUAAAUUUUUUUUUUACUUUUUUCAUUUUUUUCCCUUUCAUUCGAGUUCCCUCUGCCAAAUUUACAUGGAGACUUAUGAAGUACAUCAGAUUUGUGUCAACAAUAUCUUUUUUUCUUCUUCUGGUUUCCGGUUAUUGUCUUUGAUUUACAAUGAGUAGUUUGAAUUUGUCGUGGGGACCAGCUGAACUAAAUGUCCAUAAAUUUGCAUUCUUUGUGUCAGCAUUAUUAAUUCUUGCAAAUUUUUUUGUUGUAUUGUUUUCUUAUUUCCUCCCUUAACUAGGCAGUGAUAAUAAACCGUUGUAAUGAGUAUUAAAUCUUCUUUUUUUUUGUAGAAUCUGAAUUUUUUUUUUCUGUCAUAUUCAUCUAGCUUCAGAUUUUUAGUCACAAUUUAUUUCACAGGCAUGUUAAAUAUGUUUGUUCGACACUGAUUACAUAUCUUUUACACAAUGAGAAAUAACGAAAAUGAUUAAAUAUAUAUGUUAGUUUAUGAAAGUUCUGCACAUGGAAGUAAGAAAAUGUCUUUUUUAAUAAAAGAAAAUUCAUGAUCUUUAUUACAUGCAAGUUAAAAAAUUGUUGAGUUUGUUACAUGCAACUUUAUAUAAAAUGAUUAUUACAUGCUACUUAGGAAACUGUGUUUUGUAUAGCAUCUAAGUUGUUAAAACUUUGUUUGUUUCAUGUCAGUUUGGAAACUAUGGUUCACAUCUAAGUUCAUGAACUUACUUUAUAACAUACAAGUAAGGAAACUAUUGUCUGUUUACAUGCAAUUUUAUUUUACUUGCAAGUUAAUAAACUUAGUUUAUUAUGUGGAAGUUUGGAAACUGUUCUUUUAUGUCUAUUAUGCCGUUCUUGUAAUGAUGCUUUGCUAAAAUAAUUUUUGAAAGUUAAGUGAUUAGUAAUUACGGAGUGUGAAAACAUGUAAAUUUUUAUGCAUAUGUUCUAAAAUAAGUUUGAUCAUGAAUGGAAAUUAUUAAAAUGGGUUAUAGAAGUUAUGUGGCUGUUUAUAAAUGAAGACAUUGACUUGAAAACAUAUUGAAAAGAAUUCAAAUAGGUAAUAAAAAAUGCAAAUAAGUAAAUUGUUAAAAUGUUUACCCUUUCAAUAUUACUACAGCAUAAUUCUAUGUUUUCAUUCUGUUAGAUUGUUCUUCAGUACACAUUUAAUAGUGCUAACUUGUUGAGAUCUCAUUCAUAAGCUCGCCUGUUUCGAAGAAAAAGUCGAGCUGUUGGGAAUGCUGUUGUUGUCGUCGUCCUGUAAAAGUAGCUCCAUUUAUAUUCAAACAUUUUAAAAGUUAUCAGCAUGAAACUUGGAAUAUUUGUGUAUCUUGACAAGGUUCAGUAGUUAGACAAGGGGCAUAAUUCUGAAAGCUAUAUUUUUGUAGUUAUACCCCUUGUAUAGUUUUGUGUCAAAAGUGGUUACUUUAACAGACGAGCGUUAACACCGCAUGCAGUGCUCUUGUUUUAAUACAUACGUCUUAUAAAUUCAUCAUAUAUCUUUGGUUUACCAUCAUUUGACAACGAGGAAAGAAAUGUGUUAUAAUUUCAUUUCUUUUAGAGGGUUUUUUAAACGAUUAAUUUAUACUAAUUUGGAGAAGCACCAGACCAAUGGCAGGUUGGUGAUAGUAUGAAAGUGCCAUUGUGUGUAUAAAUUUAUGUUUAAGAUGGCCACUGACUUCUUUCACCAUGAAAAUUGAAAAGUUUUUGCAUGUCCUUUCCAGUGCCAGAAUUUCUAAAGUUGAUUACUUUUAUGAAAAAUGUAAAAUUUUGUUCCAUGCAUUAUUCUUUGCAAAAUGUUAAAUUUACUUGUUUUUAUCUUUUUUUUCUUUAUCUAAUUUACUCUAAUGUGAAAUGGAAAAAGGGAACACAAAAAUAAUUUCUUCAAAGUCAAAUACUGUGAUGCCAAAGUGUGGAAAACAGCUUUUUUGAUGGUUUAAUAUCAUUUGUUGUUUUUUUUUAUCAUUUAUUUCAUGCACUAUAUGUUGGAAAAAAUGAUUAAUGUUAAAAUAUGUUCAAGAAAUCAAAAUGUUUGUCAGUUAUGUUAUGAAACAAUUUUUUGCAUAUGUUUAUUUCCAUUUUUUUUCCCCCGGUCACACGCAUCAAGUUGGAUUUUUUUUCACGGCCACAUCAUCUAUCAUCAUACGCAUUAUGUACAGAUUAUGAAGUUUAUUUCUAAAGUGCUUCAUGAAUUGUUUGUUUUUGUAACAUAUUUUGUAUUAUAAUUGAUGACAUUUGAAUUCUGAAGCUAUAUUGCCAUGGGAACGUAAUAUACAUGAGACAUACAAUAAAACAUUGUAACAAAAACUUGAAUGGUUUGAAUUGGCUAAUACAGGAACUGUAUAAAGUGUGCAAUCUUAUCAACAUUAGUUUUAUUCUUUCAUUUUCCAAUAAAACUUUGGGUAAAUUUUUAAUAUUCUUAGGAUUUUUUUUUCUUCCGAUAAAAAAAGGGUACUAGGCACUCUUCAACUAUGUGGUAGCAUAGGUCUGUUACCAAUGGUUAGCACUAUUGGGUUAUAAAUUUGGACGUGAAUUUUGUUUUUCUUUCUUUCCUUUUAAUGUGUACUGUUUCAAAUAUUGUAAAAAUUUGUAUUUUGAUGGCAUUGUUAUAUUUCAAAUUGAUCUGAACUUCCCCCCCUCGCCCCCCUGUAGAUGUAGAUAAUAUUAUGUAAACUGGUGUUACGAGGUACUAUUAUGCAUAGACAAUGUUUACUGAUGUUGUCGUAAACAUUUCAUUUUUUAAAUACAAAAAAAACGACGAUAAAAUUUUUGUAUUAAGUAUUUUGCUCUACAAACUUGGUAUAAAUGAAGUUUAUAAUUGGCUGCAAGUAUGUUAGGACAGUGAGGGAGGAGGGUAUCUGGAAAAAAGCUGGCUAUUUUACUGUUUGACGACGAUGACUUUGUAUUAGCUGGUGUAAUGAAGGUGAAUGAUAAAGGUCUUGCGGAAGUUUUAUACAUGUACAUGAAUUAUUUUCAUCACCAACUUGAAUACACUAAUGAUACAAGGCCUCAAGGUUAUAAAAAAUUUAACUUAUCUCUUGUCUUGAAUCUCAGGUAUUUCAUUGGUCAACAUACAUCUUAUGUCAUAUUCUGACCAAUCAAAUGCCUAAGAUAAGAGUUUGAGCUCAGAGAAUUUCUUUAUAACCGCGGACCAAGGUUGUAAAUGCAAACUGUGAAAAGCUUAUUUAAAUAAGUUGGAAGUUAAAAUUGUAAAAUGACAUUUUAAGCCCUUUUUUUCUUUGAAUAUGUAACCUACGGGCAUAAUUUGGAUGAAUUUUAAAACCAUAAACAGAUGGAAAUAGGAAAAAAGAUGUACAAUUUUGUAUUUUGAAGUCCCUAUUUUUUGUUUUGUACAAGGCUAUUUUUGUAAACAGUUACUGCUUUAACUACACAGCCCUGUGAAAAGGCGAAUCUGUUUCUUAUUUUUGCAUUGAAUCAUUCAUGGUGUAUAUGUAUUAUAUGAAGUUGAGUGUAUAUGUAUUAGCGGUGCUAUCAUUUCAUGUAUAUACGAGGCAGCAAACAGGUGUUGUAAAAACAUUAGCAAAACCAUAAGACAAGAUAAAUGUUGAAAAUUCUAUAAAAAAAUUUUACUUGUGUGUUUUUUCGUUUCAUUUUCAUACCAGUCUCAUGCAAUUGGUGAUUUUAGGAAAAAUUAUCACUAAAAUUACUAAGUUUGGAAGUAAAAAAGCUGGUGUAAGUUCAAUCAGACUUCUGCAUGAUUUUAAAGAAAAUUUCAGUUAGGGAAGAAGCCAUAUAUAAGUGUCUGUUAUGUAUGGUAAAAAAAUCACUGGUUGCUAUUAAGAAAAAACAAUCUUAUUAUACUUAGUAAAGUUUUUUUUGUUCUUAAAGGGUAAAGUGAAAUUUUCGGAUAAAUCAUGAUUAAAUUGAUUUUUGUUUUGUAGAGAGAUCAAUAGAUAAAAGAAUCAUUUAAAUGUUUUGCUAAUGUUUUUGUAACACAUGUACAGCACCGUUAGGCAGAUGAUAUAAAUGUAAAUUUCUUUGUGUGUGUAAAUGGUCAUAAAUGUUCUGUCACAUUAAGUUAAGAAUUUCAUUGCUUUUACAACCUACAGAAAUAGUUAACUAUUUCUACAAAUGGACAGAUUUUGCUUGUAAUUCGUUUUAUAUUUGAAGCAAGUUUACAGGAUCUGAAAUUUGAUUGGUAAGCCAAGUUUUGUUUAAGUAAAAAAAUUGCCAUUUGAAGUACUUUCAUGUUAAUCCAGUAAAUUUGUUGUACUGAUGUCAAGAAUUGAAUGUUAUUGAUGACACACAGUACUUAUUAAUAUGCUUUAUAAAUCUUGACUGGUCAUCUUCCUGUAAAAUUGAUACAGACUGGUUAUCUGUCAGUAGACUGGUUCACUAGAAUGGUUAUUCUGUUUGUGUAGGUUGUAGUAAUGAAUCUUGGUACCAGACCAAUGUAUAGGUAAUCAUCAUAUCAUGUGCAGAUUAUGAUGUUGGAAUAAUUCAAUAAACAUUUGUACAAAGUGAA